CACAGAUGGAGCACUCGCUGCUGCUGCCGCCGCUGCUCUGCUGACGUGCUCAGUAUUGUUGAGCUACAGUAUUUGACGAGUUAGGAAUGGGAAGUUCUGCACAACGCAGGUCGAAACACGUCUGUGAGCGCAGAAUCCGUUCUAACUGGACAAGAUUUCACAAACCUUUCGAUAUCUAAGGAAUUAACAAAGAAUACCUGUCUCUAUCUGAACUCUGUGAUUUAGGCACAGAUGAGAAUUAUUCUCUUUCUUACGGUGAUGAUCUCAUCUGCUACUGAGGCAGUGAAGAACCUGACCAGCACUGAGGGAGGAUCCAUCACUCUACGUGACCCUCUGAUGGAGUUUGGAUUUCUUUCACAUGGAACAAAGACUGUUGCCAUGGUGAAUGAGAAGAAAAUGCAGAUAUUCGAGGAAAAUUACAAGAAUAGACUUCAGUGGGAUAAAAACACUGGACUCUUUACAAUCACAGGACUGCAGAGGAAUGACUCAGGGAUUUAUAUUGUUGACUCUAAAAAAGGACAUAUUUUCACUACAUUCUACAAACUCACAGUGUAUGAGUCUGUAUCAACUCCUGCAGUGAAGAGACUGAGUGUGAGUGCUGAGAGCUGCAUCUUGUUGUGUUCUGUGGAGAAAGCUGAAGAGACAACACUGUUGUGGUACAAAGACGAAGAGAUACUGAACCAGAGCAGCUCUGCUGUCUCUCUGCUUCUCACUGUACACAAGCAGGAUUUCAGCUCCUCUUAUAGCUGUGAGGCUGCCAACCCUGCUGAAAAGAAGACUCUUCCUGUCAACAUCACGACAUCCUGCAAUGAACAAAACGACACAGACAACAGUGACGACACAAACACAAGAUAUUAUUUUGGAAUUAUAAUCUCCAUCGUGUUUGCUGUAUUUGUUGUACUUAUUGCCAUUAUUGCCAAGAAGAAGUGUCUUAACAAAACCAAGACAACAAUCAGACAAACACAAGGCAGCUUCAUCUUCAGGUGCUUCAUCAGUUCAAAAUCUGCCAAGGAUGGGAGACAACAUCUCAGCAGAAGAGAAGCUGCAAACUGUUAGGUCAGCGUUUAUCUACAGAGUGUCUUAUCCUGUUGUGGACAAGCUGCUGGAUGAACUUCUGGGACACGGGGUUAUAACUGAUGCUGAGAGGGAGGCAGCCAUGGCCAAACCCGGGCGAGUCAAAGCACGAGACGUGAUUGACAUGGUGCAAAAAAAAGGAAGCGAUGCCAGCGAAAAACUGAUUACCCUCUUCUCCGAGGAUGAUACAUUCCUUUGCAGAGAGCUCGGCUUAAUCUGAUGCAAAAAAUAUUUAGAGUGAUGAUCAUAUGAAGCCAUGAUAUCAUCAUUUCAAUCUGAAAAGCAAUGAAGUGAAACACUAUAAAUAAUGAUUAUACUCGAGCAAAUGUCAUGAAUCAGAUGUCGAGGAAGUGAACCAUAUAGGAUAUACAACACAGCAGAGCCCUGCAGCCUGAAUUACACAUUACAUUUAAUCAUUUUUUCAAACUGUGUCAACAGACUUUAAUGUAAGUGAUACCACAAAGAGCGAGCAGAGACACUGGCAUACACUUCUUGCUCUAAAACAUUCCUUAUCAAGUGUCUUAAAGUUGUUUAUUUUAUCUCAAAAUCACAAUUAUAUCUCUGUUGAUUUAAUUGCAAAGAAAGAAGAAAACUUGAUAAUAGGAAAGUUAUAUCGUUAUGUGUGUGUGCUGGGGAACAGUGAAGGCUGUUUGUAGCUGUUGAACAUGAUUAAUUAUUGCAGUGCAUUUUGUACACUUAAGAGGACAUAAAUCAAUGUAUGAACA